GGGGGAGCUGCCGCCCCAACCCCUCUGCUGCCCCUGCCAAGCCUGUGCCAGGAGUUUUUUUUUUUUGCAGCAGCAGCAGGAGGAGCAGGAAGCAGCCCGGGUAAAUCACAUGACGCAGCCGCCGCCGCUGCUCCUGGGCUUAGUUCAGCGCUCCUCGCACUGGGAGGGGGAACCUGCUGCUGCUGCAGCCGGCGCUCCGCAGCCGCCGCUGCUCCUCGCUCGUCCCUGCUGGUGGAUUUCCUGGCCGCUCGCUCCAUGCAGCUCCUCCAUUGCGGAAGUGUGGCGGGGGCAGCCUGAGGCGCGGCGCGCUGGCCCUGGAGGGUGCUGCGGGGGCGGCCGGCCGGCGGGGGUAACAUGCUCACUCGGGUGAAGUCCGCCGUGGCCAAUUUCAUGGGCGGCAUCAUGGCUGGCAGCUCGGGCUCGGAGCACGGCGGCGGCGGCGGCUCGGACUUGCCCCUGCGCUUCCCCUACGGGAGACCCGAGUUCCUGGGGCUGUCUGCGGACGAGGUCGAGUGCUCCGCCGACCACAUCGCCCGGCCCAUCCUCAUCCUCAGCAAGGAGACCAAGCGCCUGCCCUGGACCACGGGAUACGCCGAGGUAAUAAAUGCAGGGAAGAGCACACACAAUGAAGACCAAGCAAGUUGUGAAGUGCUUUUUGUAAAGAAGAAAACUGGAGGCACCAAUUCCACUCCAAACAAAAACACAUCCACCAAACGAAGGUCCUCACUGCCAAAUGGAGAAGGACUACAACUGAAAGAAAACUCAGAAAAUGAUGGCAUCAAUUUGUACUACUGGUCACUGUUUGACGGACAUGCUGGAUCUGGGGCAGCUGUUGUAGCAUCCAAACUGCUUCAUCACCAUAUUGUGGAGCAGCUGCAGGAGAUUGUGGAGAUCCUGAAGAACUCUGCAGUCCUUCCCCCAACCUGCCUGGGAGAGGAGCCAGAAAGCAUGGUCGCUAACAGCAGAACUCUAACCAGGGCAGCCUCCCUGCGUGGGGGGGUUGGGGCUCCGGGCUCACCCAACACCCCUCCAACACGCUUCUUUACAGAGAAGAAGAUCCAGCAUGAGAGCCUUGUUACUGGAGCUAUUGAAAGCGCAUUCAAAGAAAUGGAUUUACAAAUAGAGCGAGAGAGGACUGUUUACAAUAUAUCUGGUGGCUGCACAGCCCUUGUUGUUGUGUAUAUGCUGGGGAAGCUCUACGUGGCAAAUGCUGGUGACAGUAGGGCCAUAAUAAUCAGGAACAAAGAAAUUAUACCAGUGUCUUCAGAAUUCACUCCUGAGACUGAGCGUCAGCGACUACAAUAUCUGGCUUUCAUGCAGCCCCACCUACUGGGUAACGAGUUCACACAUUUAGAGUUUCCAAGGAGGGUGCAGCGUAAGGAAGUUGGGAAGAGGAUGCUAUACAGGGACUUUAACAUGACUGGCUGGGCAUACAAAAGCAUUGAGGAGGAUGACUUGAAGUUUCCCCUUAUAUAUGGAGAAGGCAAGAAGGCUCGUGUCAUGGCAACUAUUGGAGUAACUAGAGGACUUGGAGACCAUGACCUGAAGGUGCAUGACUCCAAUAUCUACAUCAAACCUUUUCUGUCCUCAUCUCCCGAGGUGAGAGUCUACAAUCUUCUGCAGUAUGAGCACGGACCAGAGGAUGUGCUGAUCUUAGCUACCGAUGGACUCUGGGAUGUAUUAUUAAAUGAAGAAGUGGCAGAAGCUGUCACAAACUUCCUACCAAACUGUGACCCUGAUGAUCCCCACAGAUACACGUUAGCAGCUCAGGACCUGGUGAUGCGAGCCAGGGGAGUGCUGAAGGACAGGGGCUGGAGAAUAUCCAAUGACAGACUGGGCUCAGGAGAUGACAUUUCUGUCUAUGUCAUUCCUUUAAUACAUGGAAACAACUUGUCAUGAAAGUAGCACCGACAAUGAUAAUGGGAGGGUGGUCUUUUUAGGAAGAGCCUUUGAAAAGACAUGAUGUUCAGAUCUGACCAGGACAGUUCUGAUUGAUGUAAUUUAAUCUAAACUCAUGCUGGAAGGUGAGGUUUCUGCCCAAAAGGUAGGGCUCUGCACAUAUACUGUACACGAUUAAAGGUAUCUCUUAAGGUUACAGCUUCCCUAUAUUAAUGGUUUUUGGUGCUUAACAGGAAUGGAACUUAAAUGCUGCUAAUAUAUUAUGGAUUGAUGGUUCCCUGUAUUGUUCCUCCAUGUGAGGACCCCAUUGUGACCUGAAACUGGACUUGGCUGUUUCAAGCCACAUGGUAAACUGAAAAAGAUUAUUUUCAGUUUUGAAAAUAGAAACAGGGAUUGAAAGCCAGUGAGGCUCUCAGCAGCCCCAAGAUGACUGAAGUUAUGGACUUGGGAUGGGUCAUUUAAAAAACAAAACAACAAAAAACAAAAAAAGUUAAAACUUGAGCUGACACUUGAUGUUAUUGGUCAUUACGAGUAAUUGUCAUUCUUUUUCCAUGAAGAACUUCCAAAAAUUGCACACAUAUGAUUGAGUUCUCAUUUUUCCCACUUAAACCCCCUUCAGAACACUCUGGAGACUUUACAGCUCCUUAUUUCACAUGUUUUGGUGGCAAAACCAAGACUGUCCUUGUGACUUGGUCUAACCCACCACAGCCAAGCCAUCUGCAAAAAUUGCCUUGGCGAGUAGGGCACAUUGUGUUGGUACAAGAAUAAAUCUUGCAACAGGAAUUGUUUGUCAAGAUUUCCUUUGAUGUGUAACCAUGACGUACCAGAUCUUUACUUGAUGCAGAGUUCCUCUGGAAGCCAAGGUUUCUUUGGGUAGGGCUACCCUGCAGCUCAGGUAGACUGACUCGUGUUAGCGGGGCUCGAGCUAGUGCGCUAAAACUAGCAGCAUAGACAUUUCAGCUCAGGCUGGAGCUUGGGCUCUCAAGUCUAAGAGGUCUGUGGGCUUGAGAGGCUGAGCUCCAGCCUGAGCCACAAUGUCCACAUUCCUAUUUUUAGCCCUCUAGCUUGAGUCCAUCUGCCCAGGCUGGGAGGCUUGCUCCUAGCUGGAGGGUAGACGUACCUUUUGGAACCUAGGAUUUACAUUCUUUGGCUGGUUCUGUGUACUUUAUCAUGCAUCCUGUUGAAAAGAUCACUGGACAUACAGCUUAGCGAUCAGUGUUCAGUAAAUGUAUUUUGUCUUCUGAGUUUGGGUGUCUAUGGUAAAUGUUAUUGUUCUCGUUAUUAACCCAGAAACACAGAUAGCAACCUUAUUGAAAACCCUUUCACUUCUGUCUCCCUUAUUAUUCACCAUAAAAGCCCUCUGCCUGCCCCCAUCAUCAGAAGGUGGCAACUCACUCAUAACUGUGCACCUUCUGAUACCAGCGGUAGAGGAUUAACAUGUUAGUGGAAGUCCUUGGCUUGCCUGGUCUCCUCUGCCAGUUGUACUCACUUGAUGUUAAGAAAAAUCUCUCUAAAUAAGAUACCAGCGUAGAAGCAACAGUGCAACAGGAAACCAUUCAGGCAAAAUGCAAUGUAGACAUAGCCAGUGUAGUGCAGUAACUGGAGGUGUGAUUUGCAGCUCAUGUAGCCAUAUCUGCACUAGCCUUAAUCUAACUAAUCUGGCUCAAAGCAGCAGUGAGCUUCAGCGUGGGCUAGCAAUGCCAGGGUGUGCCCAGAGGUCCCGGGGAGCUUGGACAGCCUGUGCUGACACCCACACUGCUGCAGCUUCACUGUUAUUGGGACCUGGGCUAGCUAGAUGGUUAUGGCUCCACAAACUGCAAAGCACAGCUGGGAUUGCAAUGCAGACAUAGCUGCAGUUACUGGUCUUCACUGCCAGCAAUGUCAGUCCUUUUUGCAGAAUCUGCUAACAGAUAGAUGGGUCCUCAUGUCUAGCGAGCCCCCUAACUGUGUACUGCUGAGCUGCUGAUGCCGGUUUGUAAAUAAAUUUGCCUAGCUAGGAGAAACGCAGUUGACAUAAUCAUAGAAAUAUGGGAGUGCUAACUAGACACCUCACAAAUGGUAAGUUUGUCCCAAAGGAGAAAGUGCCAGCUUUAACAAGCGGAGGCCGUGUCCUCUGCAUUCCUUGAGGUGGUCACAUUUUCUUCUGAAUAGGAGAGGCCUGGAGCCUUCCAACUGAGUAAUUUAUUAUGUGCUACAUAAACAAGGUACCGUGUGUUUUCAGUGAAGCUCAACAGGUGUUUAGUUCAUUCCAUGGCACUACAAGGGCUGCUAUGCCACCUUGAUGUGCAAGUACAACAAUCCCAGUGCACCAGACUUAAAAGCCCCUCCCUGUCACUGGCAAGCAGGAGUUCCAAGCUGAAAUGAGGCAGUGCUGAGUGGAUAAUUUGGCUCAAACAUGCCCCAAGUGUAUGACUGUAGCCUGCAAACUGUUCCAUGGAUUCCACAGUGCCUGCAUGUGAGAGCACUGCAGAAAACACAGCUGUUUCACAAUCCAGAGCCUAAAACAGCAGCAUAUCUGCUUAUGUAUUGCUAUGCUUUACCUUUUCUGCCCUUAGCCCUUUUUCUUUAUGCAAAUGGAAAGAGAGAUGCAGAUUUGAAAUCUCACUGAGUCUAGAACAUUUUCCACAUAAUCUCUCAUAUGUUUUAUAGUUCAAGCAAGAGCUUUUCCUCAUGCACCUAUUUAUUUUUUCUUUGUUUGGCCUAGUAAACUUAUCCGUGUACUUUUUCAUGGGUUUUGCGUAGUCCUCAGUGAUUCAGUUCACUUAAAUCAGGAGGGAAACAAUGGCAAAUCCUUUUGAGCGGUACUAACAGGAGGGAGCAAUGGUACAUCUCACGAUAAUGCCUAUGGUACCCGCUAUGAGCCUGAUUGAUACAAAUCCAAUGCCAGUGUGUUAUCCUUGAUUUUAGUUAGAAACAUGGUGUCUACAGCUGCCAUCAUUCAGAAGACAGGAAGAAGAAAGAUCUUUUAAUUGAAACUCAUUCAUCAGCAGUGCAAUUUGUGACUCUGCAUUACAGCAAGAUUUAGAAUAUUACUGUCCUUAAACUGCAAUGGAAAAUAUACCUUCCCAUUUAACAACCUUUUAAAAAGUAACCUUAAACGUGUUUGGCACCAACAGUAAGGUGCAUAAAUCAAAAGUAGCAAAAUGACUCUUAGCAAAAUCUUCCCAGCAUUGCUAUUGCUUUGUGAAUUGAGCUCAGUAGGUUUCCUUGUUUUUUCAUUCAGAAUUUCACCUCAUCCCUUUGCAGCUAGCGCCUCAGAUCAUGGGGUUGGCUUCCAGAGCACUUCCUGGAAAGGCCAAAAGCACGUCACUCAGAACACUGAGAAAGAAAACAGAGACUCUUGAAUUCUGUGGAAACUGAAUUGCAGUCAAGUCCUUGUUUUAAUGAGCUCCAAAGAUGUUCUAGUUUAAUAAAAAGCUUCCCAGUCAAACAUAAGUUUACUGCAAUUGUGCUGGUGUUUUUUGUUUUGCUUUUCAUUCAAAACCUCUUAGACAUGCACAUGCUUUCCUCAUUAGAAAUGUCUGCCCAGUAUAAUUCCCUCUGAUACAAUACUGUCGUAGCCUGGCUUUUACCUACACCUCAGUAUAAAUACCUUCCUACCACCUCUGUGUAGCAUUCCAUACUUUUCUCCAAAAAGUGAUGCUUUUAGGAGGCGGGGGAAUAUUUGGGGACGGGGGGAGAAUUAUUGAAAAGAGAUUCAAGUACAUCUCGUUUUAUCACAGACUCUUGCUUCCCUUUGUAGAUUUCAGCAUAUUAUGGGUCACAGCAGCAAACAUUUCUGAAGGCAAGUAGAAAGCUUUGAAAAUUUUCUUCCCACCUAUGACCACUGUUGUGUGCAUGCCAUUUUCCAGCAAGAGCAUUUUGUGCCUUAAAGGCACUACACUACUUCGGUAAUAAGGCACGUUCCAUUAGGACAGCAAAUCUCAGUCCCUGCGCUCCCAAUACACACAUGCGCCCAUAACGGUUCUGCACACAAAAACGCUCUCACUCUGGUAGGAUAUUUGAUAUGCAGGAAUUGGACUGCCUAAGAAUGAUCAGCUAUGGUAAUAAUCCUGCUGUGCCGAUCAAUAAUGCUGCUUCACAAUGCUAUCCCCCUCCAAUCAAGCAGUACUAUUUACAAAAUCAGGCAAGUCAUCAAAUCAUAGACUAAUAGAAAUUAUAUAUGGAAAAUGACUAAUAAACCGUCUAGUCUAUCUCUUCUGCAAAUACUGAAUAACUCCCUAAAGCUUUUUUUUUCCCCAAGUGCUUGCUCCAGUCUUAUUUUAAACAUCCCAAGCAAAAUGACUUCCUCUGUUCUUCUUUGAAUACUAUUCCAUAUGCUAAUACAGCUGCCUCUCAAACUUUCUCCUGCCUAUGUGGCCAAAAUUUUCUCUUGCUUAAUUUAAUGGAAAGCCUAGAUAUUUCAUUUCUAUCACGUCUCUUUAGGUAACCAACGGAGUUACAUUCUCUGAGUGAAUACAUAAUCAUACCACCUGAGAGAGCUGAUUGUCAAUAGCCCCUGCACCAGAAAAGAGAGAAAUUUCCUAAUAAAACAAAUUGAAAAGCAACAAGGCUGACUGUAAAGUAAAAGUGGUUUUUAGGCCUUGGGACUGGCAAGAAAUUAUUUACAUGAUCAAGUGCAACUAAAGAGGUCUCUGAAUUACUGUAGUAGCUAUGUCCUGUCUCCAUGCUGAUUUGAAGCACAACACUUACAAUAUCUGGACGGGUCUUGGCUUUGAACUGUACUUGUACAUAGACUUGGUUUUAAAGGACACUACGCAACCCAGCCAACUCUGUCAUAUUUGUUCUUGCCUUUUUUUGCACAUGUGACAUCAUGGCUUGUAUCUAACAUGAAUUCCAGACUCUGGUAAUUUUGUUUUCAUGACAUUCUAGAUGUGUAAAUAACCUUUUUGUUCUAUCUGGCUCUUAGAUGUAGAUAUAUUAAUGUGGCUAUCAUAUAGACAGUGACCAAAAAUGCUGUAACUGUGCUGCUGUUUUCUACCUGUGAUGUACUUGAAGGAGGCUCCCUUGUCAACCUCCACCUUUUUUGUUCUUCCAUGGGUACUUUCUUUUACUACUUUUUUUGUGUUUUACAUUCGGUAGCCGCCACUUUCCGUCAUUAGCAUAUUUUGAGGAAUGUUUGAUUGUCUAAACUUUGUAUAGCCCAAACAAAGAAGAAUCUGUUGGAUGAAGAUGUUUUGGACCAAUGUACUUUUGCUUUGUGACUGUGAAAUGUUACCUUUUUUGUAACCCGAGAACAAAAAAUGUUUAGUAAAGGGAUAUAUUUUGUGGGUUUUUUUGAAACUUUUAAGUGCAAUGAAAAAAAUGAGGAUGCUGAAGAAAUGUAUGCACAGAGAAGUUUUAAAAUAAAAAAUAAAUUAUAUAUAUAUAUAUAUAUAAACACUUUA